UAGCAAAUGAGCCUAGGCAUGGAUUGUGAUUAUGAAAGGUCCAUAUGUGGCUAUGAAAGUUGUUGGAGAAAAUGAGGUGCCAAAGGAAGAAGUUGAAUGGAAUGAUGAAGACUUGGAGAAGAUCAAGAUCAACAACAAAAUCAACAAGCUUCAAUGUGCUCUCAAUCCAAUAGAAUUCAAUAGAGCAUCUGGGUGUGAUACAGCUAAAGAGAUGUGGGACAUGUUAGAGGAAGCCAAGAAGGCCACAAUUGAAGAGGCUAAGAAUCUCAACACUCUCAAGCUUGAUGAUCUCAUUGGAAACUUGAUGACGUACGAGAUUGAUAUUCAAGUUGAUGGUAAAGUUGAAGUUGUUGAGAAGAAGAAGAAUGUUGUAUUCAAGGAUAGCAAACAAAAAGAAGAAAGUGAAGAUGAUGCUAGUGAUGAUGAGUCUAGCAAUGAAAGGGACAUCACCAAAUUGGCUUCAAAGGAAGUGAAGAAAUACAUGAAGAAAAGCUUCAAAGGGAAAUCCUCUAGAAGAAACAAGGAAAUUCACUAUUCUAGAGGAAGAAUAUGUAGUAAUGAUGAUGAUAAAGGAAAGCCAAGCGAGAAGCAUAUCAUAUGCUAUAAAUGCAACAAGAUGGGGCACGAUAGAAAUGAAUGCCCUCAAUUGAAGAAGGGUGAAAGGAAAGACAAGAAGGGCAUGAAUAAGAAAGCUUUUGCUGCCACUUGGAGUGAUGAUGAGACUAGCUCAACAAAAAGUGAAAACUCUUUGGAGAAUGGUGUUGCAAAUCUUUACUUCAUGGCUCAAGAGGAUAGCAACAAUGAUGAGGAGGUAAACUCUAACUUUUCUAGUUUAAUUAAUGAAAAUUCCUUUGAGUAUACUUAUGAUGAUUUAUGUAAAGUUCUUGAUUGCUCCAUUAAUGAUAUCAAGAGGCUAAGGAAUGAGAAUCUUGCUCUUACCAAAUAUAUCUCUCUACCUAAUGAUGAGCUUGAAUUUCUUUCAAAACAAAAUGAGGUUUUAGUUAAAGAGAAUGCCUCCUUAAAUGUUAAGAUUACAUCUUUGAAGCAUCAAGAAUCUAAAAAUGCUUUGAAAAAAGGAAAAUGAGAAUUUGAAAAAGAAAGUUUAUGAUAUUGAGAAUGUGAUUUCCAAAUUCACUUUGAGUAAAGAAAAUUUUGAUUC